AUGGCAAGCCGUCCAGUCCUCCGCACAGCGCGGGUCCUUCUCCCGGCCACUCCAAGCCGUCUCUUCUCAACCACAGCCCCCACCACUUCCACCACUACCUCCUCCUCCUCCUCCUCCUUCUCCUCAUCUUCAUCACCAACCUCACCGUCCUCAAUCUCACAACCCAAAGGUGAUGGCCAACAACCCCCCAAAUCCACUAAAGGCCGCAAACCUUUAACUCCAGAACAAAGAACCAUGCUCUCCCGCGCCCUCCGCGUGAACCAAGCUGGCGAGCUCGCUGCCACCCUCAUCUACACAGCCCAAACCCCCCUCGUCGUCUCCCGCGAACCUCACCUCCGUCCGCUAAUGCAACACAUGUACGACCAGGAAGAAGGCCACCUCCGCACCUUCAACGAAUUAAUCCAUCGUCAUCGCGUCCGCCCAACCGCUUUAUACCCCCUCUGGCAGGUAUUGGCCACUGGUCUAGGCUGGACAACAGCCAUGCUGGGGCGGGAGGCCGCCAUGGCGUGCACGGAGGCGGUCGAGACCGAGAUCGGGGGGCACUAUAACGGGCAGAUUCGGGAUCUGUUGGCGAUGGUGGAGGGGUGGGAGCGGGAGGGGUACGAGGUUGGGGAGGAGUUUCGCAGUUUGAUCGAGACGCUGCGGAAGACGAGGGAUGAGGAAUUGGAGCAUUUGGAUCAUGCGGUCGAGCAUGAUGCUAGGAAGGCGGAGCCGCAUUGGUUAUUGACGGGGAUUAUCAGGUUGGGGUGUAGAGGGGCGAUUUGGGUUAGUGAGCGGGUGUAA